AAGACAAGAAUGCGUUUUCGAAAUAGUUCUCUUGUGAUUGAAUUCAUCCUGGAAGGGUUAACAGAAUGGCCGGAUCUCCAACUACCCCUCUUUUUCCUUUUUCUAGUAAUGUAUAUUAUUACUGUGUUGGGAAACUUGGGUUUGAUAACUCUAAUUGGACUCAAUUCACAUCUCCACACUCCAAUGUACUUUUUCCUAUUUAACUUGUCAUUAAUUGACUUCUGCUAUUCUUCUGUGUUUACACCUAAAAUGUUGAUGAACUUCAUACUGAAGAAGAAUGUUAUCUCUUAUAGGGGGUGUAUGACCCAACUCUACUUUUAUUGCUUUUUUGUGAUUUCUGAGUGUUAUGUGUUAAUGUCGAUGGCCUAUGAUCGCUAUGUGGCCAUCUGCAAUCCACUCUUGUAUAACUAUACCAUGUCCCCUAAAGUAUGCUCCUAUCUCAUGUUUGGUUCAUACUUGAUGGCAUUUUCUGGUGCCAUGGCUCACACUGGAUGCAUGCUGAGACUGACCUUCUGUGAUGAAAACACCAUCAACCACUAUUUCUGUGACAUUCUCCCUGUGAUGCAGCUCUCCUGCACCAGCACCUAUGUCAAUGAGCUGGAGGUUUUGAUUGUGGUGGGCAUCAACAUCAUUGUACCCAGUGUGACCAUUUUUAUCUCCUAUGGCUUCAUCCUCUCCAGCAUCUUCCGCAUCAGCUCCACUGAGGGCAGGUCCAAAGCCUUCAGAACCUGUAGUUCUCACAUCAUUGCUGUGUCUCUGUUUUUUGGAUCAGGUGCAUUUAUGUAUCUCAAGCCCUCUUCAGCUGGAUCCAUGGAUGAAGGAAAAAUUUCUUCUGUCUUUUAUACAAAUGUGGUUCCCAUGUUGAACCCUUUAAUCUACAGCUUGAGGAACAAAGAUGUUAAAGUUGCCCUGAGAAAAACUCUGAGCAGGAGGAAGUCUUGA